AUGGGCGCUGGCAGCGUGGACCUACUGGUCACUCUCCAGAUCCUGCCCGGUUUCUUCUCCAACUGUUUGUUCCUUGCGCUCUACGACUCGGUGGUUCUGGUGAAGCGCCUAGUGUCCUUACUGAGCUGCUCGGGCGGCGGCGGGGGAGAGUGGCAGCGCAUGCUGACCUCCGCAGGGCUCCGGUCCAUAUGGAACAGCUUCCUGCUGGAUGCAUAUAAACAGGUAAUGAACCAUGUUGUAUUGUCAUACAUAUAAACUCACUGCAGGCUACGCUGUAGUUAGAGUUAUACUGUGAGUUGUAGGAACUUGUAUUGUGGUAUUGUAUGCGCAACUCACCCACAGGUCUUGGGCAUUGUGCCGGCAAAAUAGUGUACUCUAAAAGAGUCAGAAUGGCAUCAUGCAUAAAAGUUGGUCAAAACCGCUUGAGCACACAACCUGGUCUCAGAGAAUUUCGCAUUAUUCUUUAUGUAAUUGGGUCAAACUCUUUUUAGUAUGAUAUGUUACGUUUCAUAUUGGUAUGCAUUAAUUUUUGGAUGUCCAUCACCCAUUUCGUAUGAUAUGUUACGAAUUACAAUUCGUAUUAUAUGUUACGAAUUUGCAAAAUGUACAAUAUUGUAAUGACCUGGCUAGAUCAUAAAUGAUCAAAUGUCCAGACAGAGGUUUGAGUUUACGAAUUCCCGGUUUAUUAACCAAACUCAACACAGGCUACAGUUUGGCCGUAGCCCACACCAAAUAAAUCAAGGAUAACCGUAAAAAACAACGGUGACCAUCUCUUGUUAAGACCAGACGUAAGAGAGAGAACAAUGGCUAAGCAUGGUCUUAAAUUUGCGAUGCUUCCACCCUGCCGCCGCUCCACCAACCACCAGGAUGCCCGGAACCAGAACAUUCCAGGCAUUCCCGUGGUUGGCAGACAGCAGGUUUGACUGGCAUGUUGGACCCAGCGAACACUAGGUACUGGUAAGUACAACACAACCAACGAACAGCAUAACACAUAAUACACAGCUGUCUGUGCGGGUCGUUACACAGCCCCCCCACCACAAAGUCCCUCAUCCCAGAGGGAACAAACAAAGGCUGUGAUGGUCGCAGAGUGUCCAGAUGUGGAACAGGGGGCUCAGUCUGUGGCAGGGGGCUGCCCCUCUGGUGCCCAGGGGAUGAAGGCAGGGACAUGGGGUCAAGGAUGAGGGAACGUGGAAUACAUUCCCUGGCUCCGGGGAACCACGCAGUGACACAAGGAGGGAGUCUGGGUGAGUGGGCUGUCUUGAGCCUUGUCUGCGGCACCUGGGGGUUGGUGCUUGGGGAAUGUCAUUGCCAGAGAGGGGAAUUGUGGGGGUCCCUGGGGUUUGGGGAGAAGAGGCCCCUCUGUAGGGGGCUAACCUGUCCUGGUGCAGUGCCUCCUUUCUACCCCUGGGAGAAAUCUUCACCCAGUACACAACCUCCCCUACCCUCUCCAGGACGCUGCAGGGCCCCACCCAGUGGCUGUCCAACUUGGGGCAUCUGCCUUUCUUUCUCAGGGGGCUGUAGACCCAGACCAGCUCCCCAGCCACAAAGUGCCUUCCCCGGGUGUGCAUGUCAUAAUUUCUCUUCUGCCUCACCCCUGCAUUCACCAGCUGCUCUCUGGCGAAGGUGUGGGUUGUCUCCGGGCAUACUCUGGCCCCGGGGGAACAGGAGGGCUAUCCAGGGGCCAACCAAACGCCAUCUCUGCAGGGGUGUGGAUCUCUUGAGGAGGGCAGGUGCAGGGGUGCGGAUCGCUUGAGGAGGGCAGGCGUGCAGGAGGUGGAAUCUUGGACAGCGGAGCGGCAUGCCAUGAGGACCAUGGGCAGGUGCUUGUCCCAGUCACGCUGGUGUUUAUCAGAGAAUAUGGCCAGCUGCUGUCCAAGCGUUUUGUUGAAGCGCUCCACAAGGCCAUCACUUUGAGGGUGGAGAGGAGUAGUGCGGGUCUUGUGCACACCCAGCCUCUCACACAUGGUGGCGAACACACAUGACUCAAAGUUUCUGCCUUGGAUGCUGUGGAUGGACUCCGCAGCUCCAAACCUGCUGAACAUCCCUGCUGUCAGGGCGCCAACAAUGGUUUCUGCCUCCUGGUCAGGCAGAGCAAAGGCCUUGGGCCAUAUUGUGAAAUAGUCCAUGGCCGUGAUUACCCAGCGGUUUCCACUGUCCACUCCCACCCUCUCCAUGGGAGCCCCAACUGGGACUGUUGGAGCUGAGCAUGAGAACGGCCUGGAGGGCCCUUUCUCGCUGUGCAGUUGUCACAGCGGCGGCAAAAGCCCUCCACACCCCUCUUGUGCUGCCCCCAGUUAAAGCCCUGACGGAGGCGGCAGAGGGCUUUUGUGACCCCAAAGUGUCCAGUCCCCAACCCCCCAUGAGUGCUUUGGCGCACAGCCUCCCGCAGUGCUUUUGGGACCACCACCUGCCACCUCUCUUCUCCCGUAGCUGGCUCUUUCCAUGCCCGCUGUAGCACGCCAUCUGCCAGCCGCAGUCUCUCAAACUUUGACCACAACCCUUUGGGCGCGAGUGAGAGCGCUGCCACCUCUUCCUACGGUGGCCUCAGCUGUGCCUCUACCCACUGGAGCACUGGCUGUAGGUCUGUUUCCCACACCUGCUGCUGCCCCCAUUCAGCCAUUCUGCAGCUCACAGCAGACAGGCCCGCUCGCCCAACACACUGUGGCACAGACCCCCUCCUCCGCACACAGCUCUCUCUCACGGCCCUCUCGCCGCUUACAGUGGCGGCACCCGUCUGCAGUACAUGGCCGACGGGACAUGGUAUCGGCGUUGGAGUGGCGUGUCCCUGCCCUGUGCACCACUGUGAAGUCGUACGGCUGAAGCUCCUCCAACCAGCGUGCAACCUGCCCCUCUGGCUCUUUGAAAGACAUGAGCCACUGGAGAGCAGAGUGGUCAGUCCUUAUAGUAAAAGGCAGGCCACCCAGGUAGUACUUGAAGUGUUUGAUGGAAGCCACAACAGCGAGGAGCUCCCGCCGGGUGACACGCUCAUGUUUGUUGAAUGUUUUACUGAAGUGCGCCACCACUCUCUUCCCCUCUGGCCCCACCUGGGCCAGAACCCCACCCAUGCCCAUAUUGUCAGCGUCUGUGUCCAGGAUAAAGGGCAAGUUGAGGUCAGGGGGGCCUCAAUCAGUGCACGUUUGAGGGUGUUGAAGGACUCCUCGCACUCCACUGUCCAAGUAAAGGCCUUGUUCUUUGGCAGCAGGCGGUUCAGGGGAGCAGCGACGUUUGGGAAGCCCCGUACAAACCUCCUGUAUUUCGAGGCCAGGCCCAGGAACCUCUUCAGCUGAUGCUGGUCAGUGGGGGUGGGCCAGUCUCGGACAGCCCCACUUUGUCCUCCAUGGUGCUGAUGCCUUCCUCCCCCUCUUGGUGGCCCAAGAAGGACAUCUCUCUCCUCAUGAAGUGGCACUUCUCAGAGUGGAGCUUCAGGCCUGCGGCAGACACCCUCUCCAGCACACGCCGUAGCGCCCCCAGGGCUGACUGGAAGGAGCUGCCAUGGGCUAGGAUGUCGUCGAGGUAUACCAGACACUCCAGUCGGGGGAUGCCAUCCAGCACCCUGUCCAUCAAAUGCUCAAAAGUAGCUGGAGUGUUGCACAGGCCGAAGCACAGGACCUUGAACUGCCAAUGUCCUCUGUUAGUGGAGAACACAGUUUUGGCUCUGGCCUCUGGGGAGAGGGGCACCUGCCAGUAGCCACUGCGGAGGUCUAGUGAGGAGAACCAGGAGGACCCCUAACCAGGUCCAGCGACUCAUCAAUGAGUGGUAUGGGGUAUGAGUCCUUCCUGGUUACCUCAUUCAGCCGCCUGUAGUCCGCACAGAACCUCAGCUUGCCCCCCUUCUUAGGAACCAUGAUGACUGGUGCCGCCCAGGGGCUCUCUGAGGGCUCGAUGAAGUCUGCCUGCUGCAUCUCCAAAACAGCCUUGUCUGCCGCCUCCUGGUGUGCCAGCGGGAUACGGCGGGGACGCAUCUUGAUGGGCCGAGCAUCAUCUGUGUCGAUCUCAUGUUGCACCAGAUGAGUCUGACCCACCUCUUCCUCACUCAGCGCAAAGCUGUCUCUGAAUUCAAACAGCAACUGCCACAACUGUUCCUGCUGCUAGGGGUCAAGACCAACACAGUUCCUCUUCCAUAUCUCCCUCACUGCAGACAGUGUCCUCUCCUCUCCCAUCUGGGCUAGCUGGGCUGGGGGCGGGGGGCGUGGCCAGGGCUCAUGGAGGGAUGUGUCAUGGAGGUAGCUGGGGGAAUGUAACACACAACCUUAGGUGACAGAGGGGCUCGGGAAAAGUCACACACAGAUGUGGGGGAGGGGGGGAAGACAUGAGUCUCUGCUGCUUUAACUGUUGGAGUAAGGGGGUUGUUGGGUUGUGUGAAUGUGACAUUAGGGGGGGCCAUGGUGACUGCCGGCCCUCCCUGGAAGCUCAGUGUGCACCCAUUUAGGUCUAACUGUCAGCCUGUGCUCCUAAGAAAGUCUAACCCCAGAAUACAAGGGUCCUGCACAACCACCACCCACACAGGAUGAUGCACAGUCCUGCCCCCUACUGUCAGAGUCAUUAUUCCCUUCCCUUUUAUGGGUGCCAGCUCACCUGUAACUGUGCAGAGCUGCACAGUUGUGGGCUCAAACUGAGUCGAACCUGGCACAACAUUCGGCCUCACCAGGGUUACUGUGGACCGAGUGUCCACCAGGGCAGAGCAGGGCACCCCCUCCACUGUGACAGGGACAUGACAAAAGUCCCCAACACAGGGCCGGCCCACCACAACAACAGGCUCCAUCUGCUUGCACUCGUCUGCUUCUGGGGGACGUGGAGCCUCGCUCCCCUGUCCGUGCCGGUGAGCUCCUCCUGGCGAUUGUGGUGGUUGGGAAAGAGAGCCAGGGGUCCGCACUGCCCGGUCUAUGCGGACCGAGCCAUUUCCCUGAGCUCUGGGGGACAUGGGGCAAUUCCGGCGCAGAUGGCCUGGCUGACCACACCCCCAGCAGACCAUGGGACCAGGGCGAGUGUUGCGUGCCACCUGUAGCGACACAGCACUAAUAAGUUCAGUCAUUUUAGCCACCCAUGCAGGUUGGGCCGCUCUGCCCCACAGCCCGCACAGUGGGUGUGUCUCCCUGCACCCCCACAGAAGCCCCAGCUGAAGCCCCAGCCCAUACGAGCUCCCUCUCCAAAGCCAUCUCCAAGGCUAUCUGCAAUGACUCAGGAUGAGCCAGCUGGGUCUGUAUGCGCAGUUCCGUAGAGAGAGCGCCUGUAUGAACUUGUCCCGUGCUAGCUCGCUCUGCACGGAGGGGGGCAUGCGAGCCCACCGAGAAAGGCUCUUAAUGUCAUUAGCUAGCACCCGUAGUGGCUCUCCAGGCUGCCUGUGUCUAUUACUCAGUUCGGAGCGCAGCAGCACGGGCUGUACACACUGUCCAAAGCACCUCCUCAGUGCUCCAACUAAAGCCCCAUUAUCGCAUCUGUCCUCGGAGCUAAUCAAUAUCAAACAGGACAGAGCAUCAUCCAUGAGGCACAAAGCCAACUGCAGUGCCCUAUCUUCAUUCGACCACCCCCCAGAAUGAGCUGACUGUUCAAAUUGAGCAUGAAAAGCUUCCCAAUCCGUCUUACUGGAGUACUUCGCGGUCUUAACAGAUACGGAUGCAAUCGGGGACUGGGCGCCACCAUGUUUGUUUACAUCUUGAGCCGCAGCCUCCUUGUCACGCAGCGUCGACGUCACCCCUUCGGUCCGCCCCCCAGAAUCUUCGCGAAGCACAGUCGCAGAAGCACCCAUUCCGCCUCAGCCGCCAUCAUUCUAGUGGUCACCCUCAAGCGGCCUCUGUGCGCCGAUGCACUGGCGAUCUCCUCGGCCAGAUCCUCCGACAUCCAUGCACACGUACCUCCUUGGCCAUAAUCGUCCCCUACCUCCACCUUCACUUUCGGAUUCCCUCUAAGCAUUUUCAACCCCCGUUCUCCACGUAACGUUAGCUAGCCACGGUAGUCAGCUAGCUAGCUGGCUAACUUUUAUCCACGUUUUAACUUCUGACACAAAUGUAAUGACCUGGCUAGAUCACAAAUAAACAAAUGUCCAGACAGAGGAUUGAAUUGACGAAUUCCCAGUUUGUUAACCAAACUCAACACAGGCUACUGUCUGGCCGUAGCCCACGCCAAAUAAAUCAACGAUAACCGUAUAAAACAACCGUGAACCAUCUCUUGUUAAGACCAGAGGUAAGAGAGAGAACAACGUCUAAGCAUGGUCUUAAGCUUGCGAUGCUCCACCCCCCUGCCAAACCCUCCCCCCAGCCGAUCCACCAACCAUCAGGAUGCCCGGCACCAGAACAUUCCAGGCAUUACCGUGGUUGGCAGAUAACAGGUUGACUGGCAUGUCGGACCCCGCAAACACUGGGUACAAGUACGUACAACACAACCAACGAACAGCAUUACACAUAACACAGAGCUGUCUGUGCAGGUCGCUACAAUAUGUUACGAAUGUGCAAAAUGUACAAUAUGUUACAAACAUAUGAUAUGCUACGAAUUCUAGCUAGCUGGCUAGGUGGCUAAUGUUAGCUAGGCUAGGGGUUAGGGUUAGGGGUAAGGGUUAAGGUUAGGGUCAAGUUUAGGAGUUAGGUUAAAGGGUGCGAGGAAGCGUUAUCUAACAUGCUAAGUAGUUGCAAAGUAGCUAAAAAGUAGUAAGUAGUUGAAAAGUUGCUAAUUGGCUAAAAUACUAAAGUUGUCUGUGAUGAGAUUCAAACUCGCAACCUUUGGGUAGCUAGACUUUCGCAUUAAACGCCCACCCCUCCAUCCCGACCAACCAACCAACCAACCAACCAACCUACGUUUUUGUCUUAAGUAACCAUCUGUCUUAUGUAACCAUACCAAACAUAACAUAUCAUACAAAUUUCAGUGUCCCAGAUUUAUAUGUACUAUGUUACGUUUAGUCUAUGAGACCAGGCUGCAGCACAAAACGAUCUAGCUAGGCAUGCUUCUCUGUAACUCUUGCCAUUACAAAAGCAGUGUAUAGUUCAUUUUGAAAGGACAAUUAUACUAUUUCUGCAUUACUGAAUUCUUAUCUUGCCAUCUGAGACCAUGUCCAUGGGUCCCCUUGUUUAAAUCAGCAUGUUGUACUUUGAUAUCAAAUCAAAUGUAGGUUAUCUGAUCUAAAAAGUGAUGAACUUUGGCCCCCAGACAGUCAAAACCCUGAGGGCCAUUCACCCUCAGUUACUUGGAAAUUCAGAGGUCUGGCAUCUCCUAAAUGUUACAUUUUAACUCCCAAACCAAACAGACGCCGGUGUGUCAGUCCCAACCAGACACUAGGCAUCAGGCAGGUAGCCAGGUACACGUGAGCUUUUACACAGAUUAUCUGACACAUAGGCAUUUUGAUAGCCAGGUAAAUGUACAGUAUGGAUUUGCACGUUUUACAUGCAUGAAACACAUGCAUCAAGCUAGUUACUAAAGAAUGUGGUCGUCUAGUUUUGGGUAAUUUGGUAGAGGAUUCCCCCACCUCUCCCCUCUGCUCCCUUGUUGAUAGUCUGAUCCUCUGAUGUAUUAUUGUCACGUUCCUCCUCUCUUUCUCUUACUCCUCUCUCCUUUCUUCCUGCCUCUCUCUCUCACUCCUUCUUUUUCCCUUUCUCAUGCCCUCUCUCUCCCCCUCUCCCUGCAUCUCUGUCGUUCAGUCCCUGGCUCUCUCUUACUCUGACAUCACUCUCUCUCCUCUAUCUGUUUCCACCUCUCUUUCUCCUCUCCUUCUCUCUCUCCCCUUCUUCCCUCUCUCUCCUGUCCCAUGCUGUGUCUGCGUCUUCUACUCCUACUAAACAAUAAAUUGUUCUACCUUUUCCUGAACUCUCAUGAGUCAUGCCUAAUCAGUGUUUUAGAUCUGUCACGGGGAGGCAAGUUUGCAGUGUUCUAGUGGGGAUUGAGAUGGGGAGGCAUCAUGGGGAGGCAAGCACUUCUGUCCAGCACUCUCCAUCCCGCUUUGAUUAUUGACUCUUGGCUUGGUUAAUGUACACACACACACACACACACACACACACACACACACACACACACACACACACACACACACACACACACACACACACACACAAACACACACUAGUAAAGCACGGGUUGACUCAUAACCCGCAGUCCCCGCAGAUAUACGGGUGGGUUUUCCCUCUCUCAUGCCCUCUCUCUUCCCAUCACCCUACCUCUCUGUCGUUCAGUCCCUGGCUCUCUCUUACUCUGGCAUCACUCUCUCUCCUCUAUCUGUUUCCACCUCUCUUUCUCCUCUCCUUCUCUCUCUCCCCUUCUUCCCUCGCUCUCCUGUCCCAUGCUGUGUCUACGUCUUCUACUCCUACUAAACAAUAAAUUGUUCUACCUUUUCCUGAACUCUCAUGUGUCAUGCCUAAUCAGUGUCAGGCCUGUUACAGAGUAUUACAAUGUUAGUGUCAAAAGGCUCUUACCACAACAACACCACACUCAUUUCAACUCUUAGGCUGCUGACUAAGUGGAUGAAACGGACUUGGGGAAGUCUAUCAUGUGCACUGGUCAAUUCAAUACACCUAAUCACUUACUGAUGUAAAAUACCUAAAACGGACGUUGCCUCCAAAAUGAAGAUUUACAGUGUUCUAGAUCUGUCAUGGGGAGUGUUUGCUGUGUUCUAGUGGGGAUUGAGAUGGGGAGGCAUCAUGGGGAGGCAAGCAAUUCUGUUCAGCACUCUCCAUCUCACUUUGAUGAAUGACUCUUGGCUUGGUUAAUGUACACACGCACACACACACACUAGUGAUGCGCGGGUUAACUCAUAAUCCGCAGUCCCUGUGGAUAUGCGGGUGGGUUUAGGGUCAUGACAUAUUGUGUGGCUGAAUGGCGGGGGGGGGCGACUUACAGUUAGUGAGUGCAUACAUUUUCAUACUGGCCCCCCGUGGGAAACUAACCCACAACCCUGGCGUUGCAAGCGCCAUGCUCUACCAACUGAGCUACAGGGGACUACAUGUUAUUCAAUAAUUUCAUCCAAACUGCUCGCACGCGUCAACAAUAGUCUGCGUAGCCAGGCGCUAAAAUAGAACUUGGUUCUAUUUUAGACACUUAAAGCACUGCAAGUCCCGCCACUCUCCCAUCUCCUCAUUGGUUUUUAGGAGCAAAUAGGUUUCCCCUUUUAUCUGUUGAUUAAUUGUCAGAGUAAAGAACACAUGAUUUUGUGUGACUUAAAAUGGGUCAAAAUUCUACAAAGAUCCAGCAAAAAAAAAAGGACCUUGUACAUUUCAGGUAAAAUAACAACCCAGUGUUUAUAUCCCAGGACAAAAAAUAGCUAGUAACAGCAAGCCAGCUAGCUAGCAUGAAUGUUUUAAAUAUGUUUUGACCUGUCCCCAACUUAAUAUCCACUACCGGUCAAAUGUUUUAGAACACCUACUCAUUCAAGGGUUUUUCUUAAUUUUUUACUAUUUUCUACAUUGUAAAAUAAUAGUGAAGACAUCAAAACUAUGAAAUAACACAUAUGGAAUCAUGUAGUAACCAAAAAAGUGUUAAACAAAUCAAAACAUAUUUUAUAUUUGAGAUUCUUCAAAUAGCCACCCUUUGCUUUGAUGACAGCUUUGCACACUCUUGGCAUUCUCUCAACCAGCUUCAUGAGGUAGUCACCUGGAAUGCAUUUCAAUUAACAGGUGUGCCUUGUUAAAAGUUAAUUGAGCCAAUCAGUUGUGUUGUGACAAGGUAGGGGGGUAUACAGAAGAUAGCCCUAUUUGGUAAAUGACCAUGUCCACGUUAUGGCAAGAACAGCUCAAAGAGGAAACGACAGUCCAUCAAAUCAAAUCAAAUGAAAUUGUAUUUGUCACAUACACGUGUUUAGCAGAUGUCAUAGCGGGUGUAGCUGAAUGCUUGUGCCUCUAGCUCCGACAGUGCAGUAAUAUCUAACAAUUUCACAACAUAUACCCAAUACACAACAAAAAAGUAAGGAAUGGGAUUUAAGAAUAUAUACAUAUAUGGACAAGCAAUGACAGAACGGCAUGGACUAAGAUACAGAAGAAUAUUAUAGAAUAGAAUGCAGUAUAUACAUAUGAGAUGAGUAGUGCAAGAUAUGUAAACAUUAUUAAAGUGACUAGUGUUCCAUUUCUUAAAGUGGCCAGUGAUUUCAAUAAGCAGCAGCAGCCUCUAAUGUGCUAGUGAUGGCUAUUUAACAGUCUGAUGGCCUUGAGAUAGAAGUUGCUUUUCAUUCUCUCGGUCCCAGCUUUGAUGCACCUGUACUGACCUCGCCUUCUGGAUGAUAGCGGGGUGAACAGGCAGUGGCUCAUGUGGUUCAUGUCCUUGAUUAUCUUUUUGGCCUUACUGUGACAUCGGGUGCUGUAUGGGUCUUGGAGGGCGGGUAGUUUGCCCCCGGUAAUGCGUUCGGCAGACCGCACCACCCUCUGGAGAGCCCUGCGGUUGUGGGCGGUGCAGUUGCCAUGCCAGGCGGUGAUACAGCCCGACAGGAUGCUCUCAAUUGUGCAUCUGCAAAGGUUUGUGAGGGUUUUAGGUGAUAAGCCUCCUGAGGUUGAAGAGGCUCUGUUGCGCCUUCUUCACCACACUGUCUGUGUGGGUGGACCGUUUCAGUUUGUCGGUGAUGUGUACGCCAAGGAACUUGAAGCUUUCCACCUUCUCCACUGCGGUCCCGUCUAUGUGGAUAGGGGGGUGCACCCUCUGCUGUUUCCUGAAGUCCAUGAUCAUCUCCUUUGUUUUGUUGAUGUUGAGUGAGAGGUUAUUUUCCUGGCACCACACUCCCUGAGCCCUCACCUCCUCCCUGUAGGCGGUCUCGUCAUUGUUGGUAAUCAAGCCUACUACUGUUGUGUCGUCUGCAAACUUGAUGAUUGAGUUGGAGGCAUGCUUGGCCACGCAGUCAUGGGUGAACCGGGAGUACAGGAGGAGGCUGAGCACGCAUCCUUGUGGGGCCCCAGUGUUGAGGAUCAGCAAAGUGGAGAUGUUGUUUCCUACAUUCACCACCUGGGGGGCGGCCCGUCAGGAAGUCCAGGACCCAGUUGCACAGGGCGGGGUUCAGACCCAGGGCCUCGAGCUUAAUGAUGAGCUUGGAGGGUACUAUGGUGUUGAAUGCUGAGCUAUAGUCAAUGAACAGAAUUCUUCCUCUUGUCCAGAUGGGAUAGGGCAGUGUGCAGUGUGAUGGCAAUUGCAUCGUCUGUGGAUCUAUUGGGGCGCUAAGCAAAUUGAAGUGGGUCUAGGGUGACAGGUAAGGUAGAGGUGAUAUGAUCUUUGACUAGUCUCUCAAAUCACUUCAUGAUGACAGAGGUGAGUGCUACAGGGCGAUAGUUGUUUAGUUCAGUUACCUUUGCUUUCUUGGGUACAGGAACAAUGGUGGCCCUCUUGAAGCAUGUGGGAACAGCAGACUGGGAAAGGGAGAUAUUGAAUAUGUCCAUGAACACACCAGCCAGCUGGUCUGCGCAUGCUCUGAGGACGCGGCUAGGGAUGCCGUCUGGGCCGGCAGCCUUGCGGAGGUUAACAUGCUUAAAUAUCUUAAUCACGUCGGCCAUGGAGAAGGAGAGGCCACAGUCCUUGGUAGUGGUCCUCGUCAGUGGCACUGUGUUAUCCUCAAAGCGGGCGAAUAAGGUGUUUAGCUUGUCUGGAAGCGAGACGUCGGUGUCGGCUACGUGGUUGGUUUUCUUUUUGUAGUCCGUGAUUGUCUGUAGACCCUGCCACAUACGUCUCGUGUCUGAGCCGUUGAAUUGCGACUCCACUUUGUCUCUAUACUGAUGUUUUGCCAGUUUAAUUGCCUUGCAGAGUGAGUAGCUACACUGUUUGUAUUCUGCCAUAUUCCCAGUCACCUUGCCAUGAUUUAUUUCUUUCAGCAUCUUGACAGAAUGCAAAUGCAAAGUUAGAUACCGUCUGUAAAGGUGCUAUUUUUAUCAGCAUCAUAAAAGCUGAUUGUAUUUCAUCCACAUAAAAUAUGCAUCGAAGCCGAACUGAAAUCUUACAAGGAACAUGAUUUUCACAGCUUUAACAAACGGUCAAAUUGAUGUCAUUUGAAAAUGUUGCACAGAAAGUCUUUCCUGUUUUUUGUUGUUGAGUUAUUGCAUUUUCUCCCCGGUCCCUAAACGUCUUUGCUCUGUGAAAGAAGCAGAGAUCACAGAGAAAACUUUACCGAUGUCAACUAGAUUGAAGCAUUAAUUCUAUCGAUUUAUGACAUUCUGGUGAGCAAGAGUUUAUUUAGUCUUCAAGCGCAACAUAUAAUGACAGAAGAGAAGCUGCAUGUGUCUAAUUAUAAACAAGUUGACUAACACAUAGCCUACCAAAUUGUCGGAAUAUAAGCACAAACAUAUCUAAAUCAGUCCCCCAAAAAAUCCUGCAACGUCUGUCAAAAAAUUGUUCCGCAAUCUCUGACUGUAGCCUACAGCGCAUUUUCCAUAUUAUUGGGUUAGGUUCGGGUUAGGGUCAGGGUCAGGUUAGGGUCAAAUUUUCACUUUGUCACAUAUACAGUGCCCUCAGAAAUUAUUCACACCCUUUGACUUUUUCCAUAUUUUGUUGUGUUACAGCCUGGAUUUAUAAUGGGUUAAAUUGAGAUUUUGUGUCACUGGCCUAAACACAAAACCCAAUAAUGUCAAAGUGGAAUUGUGAUUUUAUAAAUGUUUACAAAAAAAGCUGAAAUGUCUUGGGUCAAUAAGUAUUCAACCCCUUUGUUAUGGCAAACCUAAAUAAGUUCAGGAGUAAAAAUGUGCUUAACAUCAGUCAAGCAGUGAAUUUCAAACACAGAUUAACAGAGUGAAAAGAAGGAAGCCUGUACAGAAUACACAUUUUCCAAAACAUGAAAAUAGCCCAUAUUAAUAUAUGUAGCCUUAGAAAUAAGGUUCAUGAAAUCAAUAACUUGCUAACAUCAGAUACAAUUCAUGUAUUAGCCAUUUCUGAGACUCACUUAGAUAAUUCAUUUGAUGAUACAGCAGUAGCAAUACAAGAAUAUAAAAUCUAUAGAAGUGACAGAAAUGCUUAUGGGGAAGGUGUUGCUGUAUAUAUACAGAGCCAUAUCCCUGUAAUGCUUAGAGAAGAUCUUAUGUCAAGUGUUAUUGAAGUGUUGUGGUUGCAGUUUCACUUGCCACAUCUACAGCCUUUUCUAUUGGUGUGUUGCUAUAGGCCACUAAGUGUGAACAGUCAGUAUUUAAAUAAUUUGUGUGAAAUGCUUGAUAGUGUACAGUGAGGGAAAAAAGUAUUUGAUCCCCUGCUGAUUUUGUACAUUAGCCCACUGACAAAGAAAUGAUCAGUCUAUAAUUUUAAUAGUAGGUUUAUUUGAAUAGUGAGAGACAGAAUAACAACAAAAAAAUCCAGAAAAACACAUGUCAAAAAUGUUAUAAAUUGAUUUGCAUUUUAAUGAGGGAAAUAAGUAUUUGACCCCCUCUCAAUCAGAAAGAUUUCUGGCUCCCAGGUGUCUUUUAUACAGGUAACGAGCUGAGAUUAGGAGCACACUCUUAAAGGGAGUGCUCCUAAUCUCAGCUUGUUACCUGUAUAAAAGACACCUGUCCACAGAAGCAAUCAAUCAAUCAGAUUCCAAACUCUCCACCAUGGCCAAGACCAAAGAGCUCUCCAAGGAUGUCAGGGACAAGAUUGUAGACCUACACAAGGCUGGAAUGGGCUACAAUACCAUCGGCAAGCAGCUUGGUGAGAAGGUGACAGCAGUUGGUGCGAUUAUUCGCAAAUGGAAGAAACACAAAAUAACUGUCAAUCUCCCUCGGCCUGGGGCUCCAUUCAAGAUCUCACCUCGUGGAGUUGCAAUGAUCAUGAGAACGGUGAGGAAUCAGCCCAGAACUACACAGGAGGAUCUUGUCAAUGAUCUCAAGGCAGCUGGGACCAUAGUCACCAAGAAAACAAUUGGUAACACACUACGCCGUGAAGGACUGAAAUCUUGCAGCGCCCGCAAGGUCCCCCUGCUCAAGAAAGCACAUAUACAGGGCCGUCUGAAGUUUGCCAAUGAACAUCUGAAUGAUUCAGAGGAGAACUGGAUGAAAGUGUUGUGGUCAGAUGAGACCAAAAUGGAGCUCUUUGGCAUCAACUCAACUCGCCGUGUUUGGAGGAGGAGGAAUGCUGCCUAUGACCCCAAGAACACCAUCCCCACUGUCAAACAUGGAGGUGGAAACAUUAUGCUUUGGGGGUGUUUUUCUGCUAAGGGGACAGGACAACUUCACCGCAUCAAAGGGACGAUGGACGGGGCCAUGUACCGUCGAAUCUUGGGUGAGAACCUCCUUCCCUCAGCCAGGGCAUUGAAAAUGGGUCGUGGAUGGGUAUUCCAGCAUGACAAUGACCCAAAACACACGGCCAAGGCAACAAAAGAGUGGCUCAAGAAGAAGCACAUAAAGGUCCUGGAGUGGCCUAGCCAGUCUUUAGACCUUAAUCCCAUAGAAAAUCUUAAUGACUUGGAGAAGCUCUGCAAAGAGGAGUGGGACAAAAUCCCUCCUGAGACGUGUGCAAACCUGGUGGCCAACUACAAGAAAUGCCUGACCUCUGUGAUUGCCAACAAGGGUUUUGCCACCAAGUACUAAGUCAUGUUUUGCAGAGGGGUCAAAUACUUAUUUCCCUCAUUAAAAUGCAAAUCAAUGUAUAAUAUUUUUGACAUGCAUUUUUCUGGAUUUUGUUGUUGUUAUUCUGUCUCUCACUGUUCAAAUAAACCUAUCAUUAAGAUUAUAGACUGAUCAUGUCUUUUUCAGUGGGCAAACGUACAAAAUCAGCAGGGGAUCAAAUGUUUUUUCACUCACUGUAUGUGAUGUAAACAGAGAGAUCUACUUUCUUGGGGACCUGAAUAUUGACUGGUUUUCGUCAAGCUGUCCGCUCAAGAGGAAGCUUCUUACUGUAACCAGUGCCUGUAAUCUGGUUCAGGUUAUUAAUCAACCUAUCAGGGUGUUUACAAACACUACAGGAACAAGAUCAUCCACAUGUAUCUAUCACAUUUUUACUAAUACUGUAGAACUUUGUUCUAAAGCUGUAUCCGUACACAUUGGAUGCAGUGAUCACAAUAUAGUGGCUAUAUCCAGGAAAGCCAAAGUUCCAACAGCUGGGCCUUAAAUAGUGUAUAAGAGAUCAUACAAAAGAUUUUGCUGUGACUCAUAUGUGGAUGAUGUAACAAAUAUUUGUUGGUCUGAUGUGAUUAAUAAGGAGCAACCAGAUGCUGCACUUGAUGAAUUUAUGAAAUUGCUUCUUCCAAUUAUUGAUAAACAUGCACCUGUUAGGAAACUGACUGUCAGAACUAAGGCUCCAUGGAUUGAUUUUUUAAAACUGUAUGGUUGAAAGAGAUGGGGCAAAAGGAGUGUCUAAUAAGUCUGGCUGCACAUCUGACUGUUUGACUUACUGCAAAUUGAGAAAUGAUGUGACUAAACUCAACAAAAAGAAGAAGAAACUGUAUUAUGAAGCCAAGAUCAAUGAUAUAAAGAAAAACUUUGGAGUACAUUAAAUGAAAUUAUGGGUAGAAAGACAAAUUCAACUCCAUCUUUCAUUGAAUCAGACGGCUUAUUCAUCACAAAACCAUUUGAUGUUGCCAAUUAUUUUAAUGAUUACUUCAUUGGCAAAGUGGGCAAACCUAAGCAGGAAAUGCCAACAUUGAACAGUGAGCCAUCAUAUUCAUGCAUAAAAAAACAAAUAAUGAAAGAAAAGCAUUACAAGUUUGAAUUUUGUAAAGUUAGUGUGGGAGAGGUGGAAAAAUUAUUGUUAUUAUCAAUAAUGACAAACCUCCUUGCUUAGAUGGAAAGCUACUGAGGAUGGUAGCUGACUCUAUAGCCACACCUAUCUGUCAUAUCUUUAAUCUGAGCCUAGAGGAAAGUCUUUGUCCUCAGGCCUGGAGGGAAGCCAAAGUAAUUCCGCUACCCAAGAAUGGUAAAGCGACCUUUACUGGUUCUAACAGUAGACCUAUAAGCUUGCUGCCAGCUCUUAGCAAACUGUUGGAAAAAAAUGGUGUUUGACCAAAUACAAUGCUAUUUCUCUGUAAACAAAUUAACAACAGACUUUCAACAUGCUUAUAGGGAAGGGCACUCAACAUGUACUGCACUGACACAAAUGACUGAUGAUUGGUUGAAAGAAAUUGAUAAUAAGAAGAUUGUGGGAGCUGUACUUUUAGAUUUCAGUGCAGCCUUUGAUAUUAUUGACCAUAACCUGUUGUUGAAAAAACGUAUGUGUUAUGGCUUUUCAACCUCUGCCAUAUUGUGGAUUCAGAGCUAUCUAUCUAAUAGAACUCAAAUAGUUUUCUUUAAUGGAAGCUUCUCUAAUGUCAAACAUGUAAAGUGUGGUGUACCACAGGGCAGCUCUCUAGACCCUCUACUCUUUUCUAUUUUUACCAAUGGCCUGCCACUGGCAUUAAACAAAACAUGUGUGUCCAUGUAUGCUGAUGAUUCAACCAUAUACGCAUCAGCAACCACAGCUAAUGAAGUCACCGAAACCCUUAACAAAGAGUUGCAGUCUGUUUUGGAAUGGGUGGCCACUAAUAAACCUGAACAUCUCUAAAACUAAGAGCAUUGUAUUUGGUACAAAUCAUUCCCUAAGUUCUAGACCUCAGCUGAAUCUGGUAAUGAAUGGUGUGACUGUUGAUCAAGUUGAGGAGACUAAAUUACUUGGCGUUACCUUAGAUUGUAAACUAUCAUGGUCAAAACAUAUAGAUUCAAUGGUUGUAAAGAUGGGGAGAGGUCUGUCCGUAAUAAAGAGAUGCUCUGCUUUUUUGACACCACACUCCAAAAAGCAAGUUCUGCAUGCUCUAGUUUUGUCUAAUCUUGAUUAUUGUCCAGUCGUGUGGUCCAGUGCUGCAAGGAAAGACCAAGUUAAGCUGCAGCUGGCCCAAAACAGAGUCAUCUUACCAAGAUGACAUUGAAGGUUCCUGAUUAACUUAAUUAUAGUUUUGACUUAAAUCGGCUUUAGAAUCUAUGGCAAGACUUAAAAAUGGCGGUCUAGCAACGAUCAACAACCAAGAGCUUGAAGAAUAAGAAUAAUAUGCAAAUAUUGUACAAUCCAGGUGUGCUCUUAGAGAGUUACCCAGAAAGACUGAGCUGUAAUCGCUGCCAAAGGUGAUUCUAGGGGAUUGAAUACUUAUGUAAUCAAGAUAUAUUUGUGUUUUAUUUUUCAUAUUCUUUCUUUUACAAAUGUUAGAAUUUUUCAUCUCCACUUUGACAUUACAGAGUAUUUUGUGUAGAUCGUUGACAAAAAUGUACAAUGAAAUCAAUUUUAAUCCCACCUUGUAACACAACAAAAUGUGGAAAAAGUCUAGGGGUGUGAAUACUUUCUGAAAGCACUGUAGGCCUAGUCAGUCGGUUGCGGGCGGGUGCGGGUGAACACUUGAAAAAUAAAAGGAGAGCCUCACACUCUAGGAGCUCAGAUGCAAUAAUUUAAUGGGUGCGGGUGAACAAACAGCUGACCCACGCACCACUAACACACACACACACAUUCACUCAUUCUUGAGGCUUGACCUGAUUGACAGCUUUGUGCACUUGUUAUUCUCAGUGAGGUCAAUGUGCAAGUUUCCAUUAAGUCCUGUCGAGCACUUGACACCUCACAACAUGUCAAGCAUUAUUUAGUGUUUUGUGUGUGUGUGUGUGCGUGGUUGUGGGCAUGUGCGUACGUGUGUGUACGAGUGUGUAUGUAUGAAUGUACAGUAUACAGUUGAAGUCGGAAGUUUACCUACACUUAUGUUGGAGUCAUUAAAACUCGUUUUUCAACCACUCCACAAAUUUCUUGUUAACAAACUAUAGUUUUGGCAAGUCGGUUAGGACAUCUACUUUGUGCAUGACACAAGUAAUUUUUCCAACAAUUGUUUACAGACAGAUUAUUUCACAUAUAAUUCACUGUAUCACAAUUCCAGUGGGUCAGAGGUUUACAUACACUAAGUUGACUGUGCCUUUAAACAGCUUGGAAAAUUCCAGAAAAUGAUGUCAUGGCUUUAGAAGCUUCUGAUAGGCUAAUUGACAUAAUUUGAGUCAAUUGGAGUUGUGGAUGUAUUUCAAGGCCUACCUUCAAACACAGUGCCUCUUUGCUUGAUAUCAUGGGAAAACCAAAAGAAAUCAGCCAAGACCUCAGAAAAAAAAUUGUAGACCUCCACAAGUCUGGUUCAUCCUUGGGAGCUAUUUCCAAACGCCUGAAGGUACCACGUUCAUCUGUACAAACAAUAGUACACAAGUAUAAACACCAUGGGACCACGCAGCCGUCAUACCGCUCAGGAAGGAGGUGCGUUCUGUCUCCUAGAGAUGAACGUACUUUGGUGCAAAAAGUGCAAAUCAAUCCCAGAACAACAGCAAAGGACCUUGUGAAGAUGCUGGAGGAAACAGGUACAAAAGUAUCUAUAUCCACAGUAAAACGAGUCCUAUAUCGACAUAACCUGAAAGGCUGCUCAGCAAGGAUGAAGGCACUGCUCCAAAACCGCCAUAAAAAAGCCAGUCUACGGUUUGCAACUGCACAUUAGGAAAAAGAUCGUACUUUUUGGAGAAAUGUCCUCUGGUUUGAUGAAACAAAAAUAGAACUGUUUGGCCAUAAUGACCAUCGUUAUCUUUGGAGGAAAAAUGGGGACGCUUGCAAGCCGAAGAACACCAUCCCAACCGUGAAGCACGGGGGUGGCAGCAGCAUGCUGUGGGGAUGCCUUGCUGCAGGAGGGACUGGUGCACUUCACAAAAUAGAUUGCAUCAUGAGGAAGGAAAAUUAUGUGGAUAUAUUGAAGCAACAUCUCAAGACAUCAGUCAGGAAGUUAAAGCUUGGUCGCAAAUGGGUCUUCCAAAUGGACAAUGACCCCAAACAUACUUCCAAAGUUGUGCCAAAAUGGCUUAAGGACAACAAAGUCAAUGUAUUGGAGUGGCCAUCACAAAGCCCUGACCUCAAUCCUAUAGAACAUUUGUUGGCAGACUGAAAAAGCAUGUGCGAGCAAUGAGGCCUACAAACCUGACUCCGUUACACCAGCUCUGUCAGGAGGAAUGGGCCAAAAUUCACCUAACUUAUUGUGGGAAGCUUGUGGAAGGCUACCAGAAACGUUUGACCCAAGUUAAAGAAUUUAAAGGCAAUGCUACCAAAUACUAAUUGAGUGUAUGUAAACUUCUGACCCACUGGGAAUGUGAUGAAAGAAAUAACAUUUGAAAUAAAUAAUUCUCUCUACUAUUAUUCUGACAUUUCACAUUCUUAAAAUAAGGUGGUGAUCCUAACUGACCUAAGACAGGGAAUUUUUACUAGGAUUAAAUGUCAGGCGUUGUGAAAAACUGAGUUUAAAUGUAUUUGGCCAAGGUGUAUGUAAACUUCUGACUUCAACUGUAUAUUAUUGUGCCUGGUCUUGAUUGACUGUCAAAACCAAACUUCUCUUUUCUUUUAGAAAGACUGUUAAUCUCAAUACAAACAGUUGAUAACCAACCUCUCUUUCUCUCUUCCUCCCUCCUCUCCUUCCUCUCCCAUGCAGGUUAAACUGGGCAGUGAAGCACCCAACUCCAAAGUGGUCAAGGUUCCUGGUAGCUUCCGGCGGCGGAGCAGCUUGACCACCACCACAGGCCCUCAUCCCGGGGACGAGUGCCGCUUGCUGGACUUUGAGUCGUCGGACCGCCCUCUGGUGGUAAACUUCGGCUCGGCCACCUGACCCCCCUUCAUCAGCCACCUGCCCGCCUUCCGGCGGCUGGUGGAGGAGUUCUCAGACGUGGCCGACUUUUUGCUGGUCUACAUCGACGAGGCGCACCCCUCGGACGGCUGGGUGGCGCCCGCCAUGGGCCCGCGCUCCUUCGAGGUCAGGAAACACCAGUCACUCGAGGAGAGGGUGGUGGCGGCCAAGAAGCUGAUUGAGUCCUUCAGCCUGCCAUCUCAGUGCCAGCUGGUGGCCGACUGUAUGGACAACAAUGCUAAUGUGGCCUACGGCGUGUCCAAUGAGAGGGUGUGCAUCGUGCAGAGGAGGAAGAUCGCCUACCUAGGAGGGAAGGGACCCUUUUUCUACAACCUGAAGGAUGUGAGGCAGUAUCUGGAACAGAGCUCGGGCAAGAGAUAG